UUGACAGAUAUGGCGCUGCCUGUUCGCAGUCAAUCUGUUCCAAAAUAACUUUUACAAAUUUUAGGUUUUUAAUUUUUAAAAUCCAUGUUUCUGCACCGUAGAUCACGGCCCGAUGUAAUAUACCAUUAAAUAAAAAAUAUGUCUAGUGAUAGUGACUCUGAGGAAUUCUACGAUGCAGAAGACAUUAGUAAUACACCUAAUCAUGGGUCAAGGAAACUUCGAAAAACGUCCAAAGACAGUCUAACCAAGCGGGCUAAUUCCGAACCCAACAUAUCAGGCUUGGUUGAGGAAAAUCCACAAAAUAGAGAACGAUAUAUAUAUCGUUCCAAUCAAAAUGAUUCGAAAACAUUUGUUGAACCGCAAAUCAAAGCUGUGCCUGUAGGUGGUAGAAAGAAAUUUAAAGAAUUACGUCAAAGGCUUCAAAAUGAUGACGAAGACUGUCAGGCAAACAACGUCACACCCCCAAAUAGUCAAACGUCUUCUGUGGAAGGAGUGUUUGCAGCGUCGAGUAGAGCAUCGCAUCCAUUUCGAGUUAUUGAACAAGACACUAUUAGCUUACAGAGUCUCAAUUCUUUAGGGAGAGUCGGCAGAAUAUUGGGAGGUGUAGUAGAUAGUGGAAACUUACCUGAACAUGGGCGGAAGACGAUGUCCGUAUCCGCUCUCUCCAGCAGCUCCCUGGACUCGGAAUCGACGCAGAGCUCAAAGCAGUACUCCCAAUACCCGAGUACGAUGACCCUUUCAACAGGUACCGCACAAACUGAUUGUCCACCCAACAAAGCAUGCCUCCCACUGCAGGAGCCUGACGUCAUCGCUAGCACUAAGUCAUCCAGUACCUCGCAAAAAAGUUGUGAUGCUUCAAACAUGCACGUUCCCAGCAAUGUAGGCGCACCCAUUGCCCCACCCAGGCGCAAAAAGAAAAACAAAGCUCCCUCAUCUUCUCUAGUGUUGACAAAGUCUGCUUCUAGUGCUACCUUUGAAUCAUCUGAGCUAGCUAGCCCCGCAAGUACCAUAGAGUCACUUACUAGGGAAUUUGAACAUUCUUUAGAUCGGUUACCAUCAAUCAAAUCCACAAAAUCCGACAGGAAUUUUCGCAACGAUUCAAAAAGCUCGACGUUACGUUCGGGCCAUUCCCUCGAUAUAAUGCAGGUUACAAAGGGACAGUUUGUCGUCAAGCCGCAGGAUAACGAUAGUUUGAAGGCUCAGGGCUCCUCUAAGAGCGCCGAGAGCGCAGACGAAGACCGUAAUUUGGUGAUUCCGGCAAAUGAUAUCAGCACGAAUAAUAGUCCGAGGGGAUCGACGAGUCGAAGCAGCGUUGGACAUUACAGUCUUGGGCCGCACAGGGGAACCCAUCAGAAUGACAGCAAACACUCUUCCAAAGAACGGAGGAGGUCCGCAGGCGAUGAGAACUUCUUCAAAGACAUCAACCUUUACGUCCGCACGCACACCGACUCUGGAAAGCAACUUUCCGACCUGGAAAUCCUCGAGCAAGUCACCGUACUUAACCUGGACACUGGCGAAAGGGUUCCUUUGAGCGUCGCAGAAGACAAACUCCCGCAAUGUAUCAAUCCGCUCUCCUUGCACAUUAUGAGACUUACGUCCGAAUACGUCAGCAGCUCCAGUAUGGAGAAAGAGAAGGAAUCUGACGAGGAGAGCGUGGACACUAAGAAGUCGGAUAUUCCGAUUGUUGAUGAAAAUGAUGUGGAAGUCGGUCGGAUCAGGCAGAAAACUGCGAAGCUGAAACGUUUCUUGGGGUCCACCGUAAAGAAGACAAUGCACAAGGCGAAGUCUAUUGCUCAGGAAGUAUCUCAUGCCAGGCAUAAGGAGGAUACUAUAGAUAUUGUUGAUAACGUGCAUCCGGGAGAGCAGAACUGUAAAUUGAAGGCCUCCAAUUCGCACAAGGGUCCAUUUGAAUUUGAGAAAGUCGAACACGUGCAAGAACUAAAAGACGACCAACACGAGGGACCCAUCUGGUGCAUGAAGUUCUCUUGCUGCGGGAGAUUGCUGGCCACCGCUGGACAAGACAAAAUCUUGAGGAUAUGGAUCGUAAGGGAUGCUUUCCCUUUUUUCCAGGAUAUGAGGACGAAAUACAAUGCGGAGAAGGUAUCGCCUACCCCCUCCCAAGAAUCACUAGUGUCGCAUCACUCUGCCUGUGCGGAAACCUCGAAUCUCGCUGCUUACGAAGGAAUGACCUCCGAAGAAGCCAGUAAGCUCACUUUUAUGCCAAAGCCGUUCUGUACAUAUACCGGCCACACCUCAGAUCUACUCGAUGUCUCCUGGUCGAAAAACUACUUCAUCCUGUCGUCGAGCAUGGAUAAAACGGUGCGACUGUGGCAUAUUUCCAGGAAAGAGUGCCUGUGCUGUUUCCAGCACAUCGAUUUCGUGACGGCGAUCGUUUUCCAUCCCCGAGAUGACAGAUAUUUCUUGAGCGGGUCGCUGGAUGGAAAAUUGAGGCUGUGGAAUAUUCCAGACAAGAAGGUUGCUGUGUGGAACGAAGUCGGGGGCAACCCGAAGUUAAUAACGGCUGCCAACUUCUGCCAAAAUGGAAAAUUUGCCGUGGUUGGCACGUACGAUGGUCGGUGCAUAUUCUACAACACCGAUCAGCUCAAAUAUCACACCCAGAUCAACGUACGUUCGUCUAGGGGAAGAAACUCCACCGGUCGCAAAAUAAGCGGGAUCGAACCGAUGCCUGGCGAAGAUAAAAUCCUGGUCACUUCGAAUGACAGCCGUAUCAGGCUAUAUGACUUGCGGGACCUGAACGUCUCCUGCAAAUACAAAGGCUACGUCAAUAUGAGCAGUCAGAUCAAGGCCAGCUUCAGCCACGACGGCAAGUAUAUUGUCAGCGGGUCAGAGAAUAGGGAUAUAUACAUUUGGAAGACGAACCACGACUAUUCGAAGUUUUCUUCGGUUAGGAGAGACAGGAAUGACUUUUGGGAGGCGAUCAAAGCUCACAAUGCAGUCGUGACUUGCGCCAUUUUUUCCCCAAAUCCAGUGGCCAUAAUCAAAAUGUUAGAGGAAAGUGUCAAACAAACCGAGGAAAAUACGAAUAAGGUUGAGGACCCCGUAGUAGAACAGCAUACCAAAGGUUGCGGUGGUUAUGUUUUGAUAUCUGCUGAUUUCAACGGUUGCAUCAAGGUCUUUAUUAAUAAAAUGAAACCGAAACACAGCUCUUUACCGGUAUCGGCUAUGGCAUAAUCACUAUAUGACGACACUGAAAUUAUUAAGGAAUAUAAUGUACUAAUAUAUUCCAAGGAUCAACAGUUGUAUAUUUUAUAAAUUCAUUUAUUUAUUAAUCGCUGAUGUCUCACUCUCACGGUUGUUACUUGAAGCACUCGUUGUCAUGCAGUAAUCUAAUUAUUUAUGUAAUUAAUUUUUCUUUGGGGUCGAUUUUGUUUAAACAGUUAGAAAGAAUGGAGAUGAACUGUUUUUUCGUUCCUAUCCCUUGGAAUGUAAAUAAAUUAAGAACUAAAUGGCAUAAAGCAAGCCUACUUAAAGCCAAAGUUUCUUUUUAUGUUAAAAAAUGGUUCCAAAUGCCGAAAACAUGGCCAAAAGUACAAAACACAAUUUAUUUUUCAUACACAUUUGUAGUUAAGGUCACUGAAUUCGAACCUAACAUUAUUUUUUGGAAAAAGAAAAUGGCGGAUCCAAUAUGGCGGGAAAACUUUUCAACAAAUAUGAAACAAAAUGCGAAUUUCUUUCCAACUUUCAAUUUAAGAGGUUUUUAACAAUAAUUGUAUGAAAAAAGUACACGUCACAAGUUACAUCGGUCAUUCAAAUUUUUUUCAUUUUGUUUAUUCUGUUUAUUUAUUAAAUUAAUUAUUUAAAUUACAU